CUCUUUUCACGGUUGCUGAGACUGGACAACAGCGCACAGCCAGCUCUCCCGACUAUGUCAGCACCACGCAUCAGGGACAGCUCCUUCCACAGACGCUGAGACUUGAUAGCAGCGGACAGUCAGCUCGCUCCUCAGUUUCAGCACCACGCAUCGGGGUCAGCUCCUUCCACAGACGCCAAGACUGGAUAGCUGCGGACAGUCAGCUCGCUCCUCAGUUUCAGCACCACGCAUCGAGGACAGCUCCUUCCACAGACGCUAAGACUGGGUAGCAGCGGACAGUCAGCUCACUCCACAGUUUCAGCACCACGCAUCGGGGACAGCUCCUUCCACAGACGCUGAGACUUGAUAGCAGCGGACAGUCAGCUCGCUCCACAGUUUCAGCAUCACGCAUCGAGGACAGCUCCUUCCACAGACGCCAAGACUGGGUAGCAGCGGACAGUCAGUUCACUCCACAGUUUCAGCACCACGCAUCGGGGUCAGCUCCUUCCACAGACGCUGAGACUGGAUAGCAGCGGGCAACCGGCUCUCUCUUGCAGUCUCAGGUAAUCUCCAAGCCCUGCGGCACUUAUUUUUAACUUUUGUUUGUAGAUGAUUUGGGAAUAUUUAGAGAAUGAAAUGUGAACGUCUGGUGGUUGAUAUUCUUGUGAACGUGUUCCCAGAAUUUCGGUUGACUUCUCUUCUUCUUCUUUCUUUCAGGGAACUUGUUGCGAAAGAACAGUGACGCAACUUGCUGAUUAUCCAGAUAAUUGACUGUCUGGAAAGGAGCUGACCUCACGAGGUUGAGGUAGUAGGUGGGGGUGGAGUUGAGACCAUUGUAGCGAAAGCAUAAGGCAUCCUUGUCCAGCAUUUAUUUUCCCCUUGGGACAGGAGCCAACGCUUCAGGAGGAUGGAUGGUGAACUGUUCGACAACGGUACUUUUCUUUCACUCAACGGAGCAACUUGGAACAACUUUACAGAGGAGAUAGUCUACCUUGACACCGCGUUCUUUGUGAUCCGAUGCAUCAUCCCCCCCAUCUACCUCCUCCUCAUCACAGUGGGCUUGCUGGGGAACAUCACUUUGGUCAGGGUCUUUGUAGCUAACAGCGCUAUGAGAAGUGUGCCUAACAUUUUCAUUUCCAGUUUAGCAGCUGGUGACCUGCUGCUCCUGGUCACUUGUGUCCCAGUGGACGCUGCCAGGUAUUUCUUUGAGGAUUGGAUCUUCGGCUCACUGGCUUGUAAGCUCAUCCCCAUGAUCCAACUCACCUCAGUGGGAGUGUCAGUGUUCACCCUGACGGCUCUCAGUGCAGACAGAAUUUCACUAAAUGAUGCAUCAUUGGAUAUAAAUGAAAUUAUUUAUAUGCCCUUUGUAGCAGUGAUGGAAACCCGAAAGCGCCUGGCGAAGAUUGUGCUGGUGUUCGUGGGUCUGUUUGCUCUCUGCUGGUUCCCCAACCACGUGCUGUACAUGUACCGCUCCUUCCACUAUGGCGAGAUCGACCCCUCCCUCGGGCACCUCAUGGUUACCGUGCUGGGCCGCGUGCUGAGCUUCUCUAACUCUUGCGUGAACCCCUUCGCCCUGUACCUUCUGAGCGAGAGUUUCCGGAGGCAUUUCAACGGUCACCUCCGGUGCCAGAGGCGACAAUCGCACUUCAGUUCCAACAGCUACUUCCAGAGUACGUCGGCCAUGAGGAUGACAUCUGUACGAAGCAGCAAUAGGAACACCAUCAGCAAUGGCCACAGCCUCAAGCAGGAGUCAGUGGCAUAAAAUGAUCUUCCAUUGUACUUCAUCUCUACGUAAGUUCAGUCUUGAGGCUAUUGCCAUCUCCCU